CAGGCCCAUCUCCAUCGCCGCCAACAAAGCAUCCCGGCUCGGGUAACGGACUCAACGUUAACGUCCCGGAGUACCCUUGGAUGAAGGAAAAGAAAACCACUCGUAAGCAGCAUCAAGAGAGCGGGGAAAAUGGCAUGCCCAGAAGACUACGAACAGCCUACACCAAUACGCAACUCCUAGAGUUGGAGAAAGAAUUUCACUUUAAUAAGUAUCUUUGUAGACCUCGUCGCAUUGAGAUUGCCGCUUCUUUGGACUUAUCUGAAAGGCAAGUGAAGGUGUGGUUCCAGAAUCGACGAAUGAAACACAAAAGACAGACUAUGAUGAAUAAGAGCGACGAAAAGAGUAACUCUGGAGGAGGAGGUGACAGUGGCACUGAGAGCGUAGAGAGAAUCGAAAAUAAAGAAAAUUCAAUGGAUAAAGAAGACUCUUCUAUAUCGUCGAUUCCUAACCCACACGGACAUGAUGACCAGACUGAAUGUAAUGUUUAUGCAUCAGAAAAGACAGACUCUUGUUGUGGACGAACUACAGCAUCCCCAGCAAAGUCUGAAUCCAGCUUGAAUGGGACAUUGACGGACAAUGAUAUUCCUGUUUCUCGACCUCCAAUAACAGAUAUAGCAACUGAUGUCAGUGAGUCGUUACAUGUUAUUCAGGGAGAUCAGAUACCAGUCAAUGGAGUAAAGACCCCAGAAGGUCCUUCUAUCGUCCAACCAGUUGCAGCUUCUGGUGAUCGUGUCCAUCCCAGCAGCUCAGAAUCUAGUUCCACUUCUUCAGCCAUACUUGUGAAGAAUUCGAAUGAGUUUCAGACAGCCAACAAUUCCCAUGUUCUAAUAAACGGCGGCGUGUGUAUCAUGGGUUCUACAAAUCGAAGGUCAGAUGUCUGUAUAUCGGAGCGUAACUGUGGUCAUUGUCAUCCACCUUGUUCUGUCUUUCAUUCUGGCUCAGCACAAGAAUCCACCCUCAGAAGCAGUCCGACUUCUGGUUAUUCGUGCCCUCAAGUGCGACCUGUAGGAUCCCCUGCCUUCCAACGACCACGGAUUUACAAUGGGCCAUACUCAACGGAUGGGAUGGUCAGUUACUCUUCCAGUGGACAACGAGGGGCCACUCCUCCUCUUGUAUCUCCCUACUGCUAUAGAACACCUCCACCAGCCCACCUACAACAUCAACAAAGGGUCCACUCGGAGAUGUCUUAUAACAUAGCCGGAAACCCUGAUAGCUACCGCACGGGCUCUUCGGCUUCCACCAUGUUUUAUCACCCAUCAGGUCAUGGCCCUACUCCUCCUCCUCCCACAGCGAGCUGUGUACAGUCUCCUGCAACUACGUAUCCUUUACCAGAAACACAGAAUACUCCAGCUCCUCCCGCCAUUAUGAUGAAUCCAAACGCCCCAGGACAGCUCAGGACAAACUUUCAUCCUCCUCCUCCGCGUCAGUAUGGGUACGAGAAUGCUGUAGAACACGGGCCUGUCAAUCAAGCAAUAUCUCCUCACCAACACCCACCCCUUCCUCCACAUCCCUAUAUGCAUGACUACCGGAUACACAACGCAGACUACAGGCAUUAUGGCAACUACAGCCAUGACACCAGCGCUUUGAACAGCAGUGACUCGUAUAUCGCCAAUGGAAUGAACAACAACGCUAGCAACUUAUCUUACUGUUAUAACCCAUAUCGAGCAGAGGGCUGUAUGACUGAUGACGACAAAAAUUACACAUCACCUAACGGCCAAAGUGUGUACUGUGAUCUAUCAAACAGCAGUGGCAACCGAGUGCCAGACUACAGUGCCACAGCUCCCAAACAAACUUUUCCAUCAACCCCGACGUUUUACGAUCCCUCUGGCUCCGUGGGAGACACGGCAAACAUUCCUACUUAUAAUUCGUCUCCAGAUCAGUACAAUGGACACUGCUCUACAGACAGUGAACUGAGUUUCAACUAUGCUGGCUACUACGACUCUGGAAACUAUGGAGAGAGCCCGUGUGGAACAACACAGUUCAACUUCCUCAGUAACAUUGAAUAUUCAACACCAGAAUAUUACCAAUUAACCUAACUUUAGAAAUGAUUAUCACCGUGCGUGUAAAUACGUUUCUAGUACUUUUUGGUCUUAUAUAUUUUCUACCCAAUGAGACGUACAGAACUGGAACUGUUU